AUGAAGACCUCUUUGAUCGCACUUGGUGCCCUUCUCGGCCUGGUCUCGGCCCAGAAUGCCGUCGUGCAUAACCACUGUGCUACCUCUGUGUAUGUGCAGUCGUUCCCUUACGAUGGUAGCGCCCCUGGCCCUCUCACCACCGUUCCUAAGGGGGAACUUUCUCUGAGAAAUUCAGAGCAUCUGGUUCGGUAUGUUACUAUCUCCUGUUCGACCGUCAAGAUUGCCAAGACAAAGACGCUGGAUAAGCCUCUCUUCUUUGGCUACUCGCUCUCGUCUAACCCAGACUACGCGUACUACGAACUGAGCACCGAAUGGGGCAACCCCUUCGCUGCGAACCCCAACUCGCUUAGUCCCGGGGACGGUUGCGAGGUCUUUGACUGUGCGGCCAACGAUGCUGCCUGCUACAGUACCCCAGCCCACAAGAAGGUUUAUGGGUGCCCCCAGCCAGUCACCCUGACGGCGGACCUGUGUCAGUAA